UUUUCAGGUGUCAUGUCCGAAGAUCACCAAAAUCCACCUUUGAACUACGUUCGCAAUGAAGAUCUAUUUGUCAUAACGUACAUCUACGUAGUUUUCGGUGCUAUAACAUUGUUUUUGAACAUUCCUUUGGCCAUUUAUCUGCUCAAAACUACAAGUAAAAACCAAAAAGAGCUGAUUGUAAUCAUAGCGUUGUCACUGAGUGAUACAGUUUGUGCUGGACAGUUUCUUGCUAUGGGAAUCUAUAGAUUUGUGGUUUGGUUCAGUGAUGUUCUAUUCAUCUCUCAAGCAGCUUGCAACCGAAAUAUCAUAGUAGCCUCUUACCAAAUUUGUAUUCAGAUGGAUAACCUAUUUGGCCUAACGAUUGCAUUAGACCGAUUAUUCGCAGUUCUACUACCGGUACGAUAUAACAAGUGUGGUCCAGGGUACACAUUCUUCAUUGUAACAUCGCCAGUAGCUGUGUCACUGCUCGGAUACUGCAUUCAUCUUCUAGCCAUCAGCCUUUUACCUCCAAAAUUUGUUGACAAUAUUUGUUUCAAUUUCUCGUCCGUCCUUCCAUGGUUCCGAAAUUAUCUGGCAUAUCAAAGAAUGUUGUGUGUUUUUAUACCAAUUAUUAUCUAUUUUUUCAUUUAUAUCAGAAUGAAAUUGAGGUUUCAGAGAUACGGAAAUUCGAACUCUGUACUCAAUAAAGGAAUGCGACAUUUGACAAAGACAGUUUCAUUCAUUACUUUGGCUUCCGUGUUUUUAGUGUUGAUCCCUGAAGUCUGGUGGUACUUUACCUUGUUUGGAGGAAUGGACGCCAGUAUCUAUUUCAUGUUCAUUCUUCUCAAAAAAAUCGUGACGUUCUUCAUACACACAAUUCGUCACCGUGAACUCAUGAAACAUGUACAUAAAGUGUUGCCCAGAAAGUUGACAAAACUCAUCAACUUUGAUGCACAGUCACAUUCAGCAGUUUCAAAAGUGAAAGUUAUAAGGGAAUCGUCUCAUCCAGUGACUACCAGUAUGCGUUGAUGUUUAUUGAAUCAUAAUUAUAAUUUGAAAUAUUUAACUUAAUUAAAACUCUUGGUAAAAGAGAAGUUCAAUUAUUUUGUUGUACAACCAAAUAAAUAAAUGAAUAAUAUUUA